AUAAUUUUCAUUUUAAAACCAGACUUUUACUUCACAAAUGACCCGGAUGCCAGACACGUGCGUCUUAAGCUGGACUUGUCAUUAUUAUUAACCUGCGACCAAUUAGCUAAUUGGCUUCUUGUCGCCGCAAGGCAAAGCAGCGCCAUCUGUCGGCAGCGGCCGGCGGAAACGUGGUGAGGGCGGCAGUCACGUUGUAUGCCGGGUCACGUUCACGUCAUCUGUGCCCGACGACAGACACAGGCAGUGAGUGCACCUGUUCAGCGCCUGCCGUGUGGUGUGAGUGUGCGCGUGCGCACGCGUGUGCUGCACCGACUUCAAGGAAUCCUGGGAACGUUCCGUCACUUCGGCGAAGAGGAUACGAGCCACGACGACGACGAUUAACUCCGAGAGGAGUGGGGUGGAGGUAGGUAGGUACCCGUAGAUUAACUGCGCUGCACUGACUACCUGCACCGUGGGACAGGUGAAAAGUGCAGGUAACCUUCCUCUACCUGUCCCCACCCUCCAUACACACCUUUCACCAAGGAUUAUGCCGAGAGCGGCGCUAUUGAAACUGCUUGGCGGGGCAGGCUGACGACAGAGCUGGGGGGUGGACAGACGACUGAGCGCAUUGUUGGUGACAUUCCGCACCCCCAGCCCUCCACCAACCUUGAGAAGUCAGCCCUGUAGCCGCAUGACAGAGAGCUCGGUGUGCUGGCGACGACAGCUUUCAGGAAUUCGUUCUCGGCGACGUUUCCGCGUCAACAGCAACAAACCGCUUUGUCUGUGUUAAGUCUGUACGUCAACCUGCAAUCUCAUUCAAGACAGUCUGUCUGUCUGUGUGUUUGCGGAGGGAUGCUGUCAGUCCCCGCCAGCAGAGAGUCGUGAUAUAAGAAAACUAAGACGCUCUUUAGCGGAGAAAACCACGGAAGAAAGAGGAAAGGGAAGAAAUAAGCUUUUGUUUGCCGCAUCAGCAAAAAACGCACGACACAUCUGCUCGGUGUUGUCCAUCUGCAUCAUCAUCAUCGCUCCUCCCUCCCACACAUUGCUUCCCUCCUCCUCCUCCUCCUGCAUUGCCGGCUGCUGCCGGUAAAGACGCCUGGAUGUGAAUGCGCGGACCUUACAUCCGCUGGCGCUGAUUUCUCGCUUCAUGUCUUCCCGAGGCCAAGAAAUGCAUUUCAACGGAAGUACCCCGAAGUUAUGGACUUUGACGCUGCUGCUCCGGAUGGUGCUGCUUCUUGCUGCGGUACCCGAGCAAGCAGUGGGUGAUUACUGGGGUGAAUGGUCGGCUUGGAGCGAGUGUUCGCGGACCUGUGAUGGUGGCGCCACCUAUCAAGAAAGAAAGUGCAUCCGCAGUUUUCACAGCCGCCAGGGCUGCGAAGGGGACCGUUACCGCUACGACACCUGCAACACACAAGUAUGUCCUCCAGACGGAAUGGAUUUCCGUUCCGAACAAUGCACAGCCUACAACAACGCCACCUAUGGCGGGAAGCUGUACGAUUGGCUGCCGUACACGGACCGCAAGAACCCCUGCGCCCUCUACUGCAUCGCCAAGGGCACGAGGACCGUGGUGCGUCUGGCGCCCAAAGUUCUGGACGGCACGCGCUGCAAACACAACGCCUUCGACAUGUGCAUCAGCGGCAAGUGCUGGAAAGUAGGCUGUGAUUACAAGCUCGGAUCAGAUGUGCAACUAGAUUUAUGUGGAGUUUGCGGGGGAAACAACUCCUGUCUGACGGGGACGCAAUCGCACAAGGAGCGCUAUCAAUGGCGGGAGGCGGGGCUAUCCCAGUGCUCCGCGUCCUGUGGUGUAGGUGUGCAGGUGUCCGUGUUCGUGUGCUACGAAGCACUGAGUGAGCAGCAGGUGAGUGACAGUCAUUGCCAGGAGAGUGAGCAGCCUGCCGGCAGACGACAAAACUGCUUUCGGAGACGAUGUCCACCUGUGUGGAAGAUCUUUCCCUGGCAGCCAUGUACAGUCACGUGUGGUGGCGGGACCAAGAGUCGCGCGGUCCGCUGUAUGGACACGUUGAUGGACGGUCGCCAGCAGUGGCUGCACGACAGCUUCUGUCCGUCGCCGCGGCCCAGCGUGGUGCAGACGUGCAGCAAGCAGAUCUGUCCCACGUGGUAUGCCGGCCAGUGGUCGCCGUGCAGUGUCACGUGCGGCUGGGGAGUUCAGGUUCGUGAGGUCGUGUGUCGUCACGAGGGGGACACGUUCUGUGAGGAUGACAGCAAGCCCAUCACACGACGGAACUGCACUACCACCUUUGCCUGCAAUGACCCCGAUGAUCCCAGGUACAUUGCGGAGCGUGACGAGACAGCAGACUCCCGCCAGGAGCUCACGGGCAGAGAACUCCGCGACGGAACACCUGCAUUCGUUCACGAGGAGGACAUCAACAACCACGACAUGAGCAAGCCAAGGUACGUGGUGACCAGCUGGAGCGCCUGCAGCGUGACGUGUGGGACAGGCACGCGCCAACGGUUUGUCAUGUGUCAGGUGCGCCUGUACUACUUACGAGGUUUCGUGGAUCUUGCUGACAGCGAAUGUCCAGGUGAGAAGCCACCAACAAUGGAAGUGUGUGAGAGAGACCCUUGCUACGGUGACUAUGAGUGGAGAGCCACAGGUGUUACCGCAUGUGACCGCAGCUGCCUCGGAGGUAUCCAAGAGACUCUGGUGCAGUGUCUUCACAAAACCAACAACACCGAGGCGCCCGAGGACCACUGCCUGCACUCCAAGACCGUACCUGUGGAAAGGAAGAUCUGUAACGACAUCCCCUGUCCUCAAAGGUGGCGUAUCGGCGACUUCAGCCCGUGCUCCACGACGUGUGGGGGCGGCUUGAUGAUCCGAGAGGUCACGUGCAUCCAGGAGGUCAGCAGCGUGGUGGACAAGGUGCUGACCUUGCCGGACUUCAUGUGCCAGAAACCCGUGCCGCAGCGCGUGAGGACGUGCAACACGCAGUUCUGCCCCGCAGACUGGGCCACCGGCUUCUGGUCCGAGUGUUCCGUCACCUGCGGACCUGGGGUGCAGCUGAGGCCUGUCGUCUGCCAGCGUGUGACGGCGGACGGGACCCCGACAGAUGUGGAUGAGUACCACUGCCCACCCACUGAGAAACCUGUCUCUGAGCUGGCCUGCAACGAGAGUCCCUGCCCCAUCGUCCGCAUCAAACGACAGACCCUGCGCUUUUUCCAGCUCAACAAGAUGGAGCGAGUUCGCCUGAAAGUGGGCACGUCGGCAGCCAUCUUGCCCGGAACUUCCGUCAUCGCCACGUGCCCGGUGCGCGGCGCGAGCAAGAACAGCGUGGAGUGGUUACGGAACGACCGGCCGCUGCGCAAGACGCGCCGUACGCACGUGUCCAGCAGCGGCAAGCUGCGCAUCACCAACGCACGUCCGGACCGCGACACCGGCAACUACACGUGCAUCGCGGGCCUGGAGCGGGCGCGUCUGGAGCUCACCUUCAGCGACUUCUACGCCGUCCUGCAGGAAACUGCCCUUCGAGAGAAGUAUUUGCUGGGGUUCCUGGCGGACAGUCCAAGUGAGAAUGCAUCUGUAUAUCAUAAGGAUCCAAGUGAAACAAAGCCGUUUACCACAAGGAUCCGUAUGACAGACAACAAAGACCUCUCCAGGUCGUCGUGGGUGACUGGUCACCGUGUUCAGCCACGUGUGACGGCGGCUUACGGACGCGACCGGUCAGCUGUGAGAUAAUAACCAAGGAUUACUACGAGGCUUUUCCGGACAGUGUGUGUCGAAAAGGCGGACUGUCAUUGCCAGAGAAGUCUUUGAACUGCGCCCUACAACCCUGUGUCAAGUGGACUGUGGGCGAGUGGUCU